UGAAGCCUUCCUCAAAUAUCCACAAGAGAGUGUUGUUUGGGGCGUGUGUGGUGAAAUAAUCACAAUUUAUAGUUCAUAUAGCCUGCUAAAUGCCUGUGGAGUAGUCGUGCCAACAGAAUUUGCAAUGGCCUUCGUACUGAGCCGACCUUUCCGGCGGUUGAGGUUACCGUUGGAGCUCCUGGUCGCGAAAGGCAUCGCAACAGCGUUUCCAGCUGUAGCGCAGAUCAAAAUAUCACUUUUAUACAGAUCAGCCAUGCCAGCUUCUCGUGACGAAUCAGGUGCAGAUGACGCAAAGAAGGGUAGCACUGCAACGGGUAGUACACUAGCUUCAGACGAGAGAGAUCAUCCACAGCCGCCACCAUCGACAAGUACGCUGUUCGGGGCCGCUCGAAGGGCGGGAACGAGGCUGGUAGAAACGAUUGAUAAAUACGGUGCUGCUUAUAUGGUAGGCUCUAGGCUGGUAGGCACCACUAUUGUCUUCGGGAUAUAUGGUAGUUUACAUUUGGGGCUGGAUGUGGAGUCGAUACUUCAUGCUCUCGGACUCGCAGACGUGGAAACGGUCGGAACAGUAUUGGGCACCUGGGCUGCGGCCGUCGUGAUGUCAUCCGCAUUUUUACCCGUAACUAUGAGUUGUACAGCUAUCACAGCACCCGCUAUGGCGAAAAUGAGAAAGUCAUGGUUCACGUAGUAUGCCAGGGGCUAUAUCCUAUGGGCACUCGGAAUUGUAGAAGGGGUGCGCUUCACCACUAUUUCCCGUCUUGUAGGCUACCCCGGUCCCCAGGGUCUAAGAAGACAUCCCUCCUCGAAGUCACUAUUUUAGAAGAUAUGCCAUCAUUGGUAAGAUCUUACUCACACAGACAACUUAGAUCACUCCAGCGUUGUAGUAUGCAUUGAACAUUUAUGAGGAUAGGGUUAUAAGACGACGACUCUCGGCCCCCGAACUAUGAUAGAUCUUUUUUACUAGGAGAAAAUUACGAAUUUUGCCAAAAUUAAAACUUUCUUUAGGCCGUA